CGAAGUCCCGGAUUUCCACGGUCUUGGUCUCCUUCCUCUCUUUGCUGCUGCUCUCCGCUUCGUGUUCUCAACUUACUCACGCUACAGACUCCAUCACCAGCACCAGCAAUAAGGUCCCUGUGGCUCUCUACUACGAGUCUCUCUGCCCUUAUAGCGCCAAUUUCAUCGUCAACUACCUGGUUUGAGUCUUCGAGGACGAUGAGCUCUUCUCCAUCGUCGAUCUCUACCUCUCUCCAUGGGGCAACGCCAAAAUCUGAUCCAAUGGCACCUUCGUUUACCAAGUUAAAUUCAAUCCCUUCCCCCAUCUCUCUCCCUCGUUUCCGCUUUCAGUCUGAUUGGAUAACAAACUCGAAGUUUCUAAUUCCGGUGAGAAUUUCACUGCUUUUCCCCACGGACGCAGCUCAGAGAGGCAGAGUGCUUGCUGUUGGAAUUGGAGAUAUAAUUUGGUAA